ACAAUACAUUGUGGAGGAAUACGUUUGGAGUUUCUCGCUGCUGUCAGCGACUUGGUUCUAUAUUUAAGACGAGGUAAGACUCUCUACAUCCCCUUCUUCAAUAUUCCAGUUGUUUUCUUUGGUGUUUUGGUGUUUUUCUCAAGAUUCAAACACUCUUAAUUUAGGCUACAUUUUAAAGGAAUAUACUAUUAUUCUUAGUCAGCAUCCGCCUUGGACUUCUCAAAAGUUGGCCAACUGUACUGUAUUUCAAUCAAUGUGAAUUUAUCCCCCCAGCUUUUGCCUGAUUUAUUACCUGCCAUGCACUAUAAACGCGGGACGCCUUGGGGUUAUUGAGCCCCCUGGACUGUAUAAACCCACAGAAAUAGACAAGCCGGCGCAUGUAACCUGUAAAACUUUUUGGAAUACUUGUCAGUUUCUCGUCAUUCAAGGGGAAGUAAAUGGAGGCGGAAUGAAUUAGAGUUCCAGUAGAUUUAAUUUCGUUUAGCCUAUUAGAUUUCGUUCAGCCUAUUUCAACUAUUUAUUCUGCAUAAUUAUAAAAAACCAGGCUUGCCAUAUAAAUAUGUGUCUGACAUCUUACAAGUGAAAUAAGUUGCAUUAAAAACAAUUUCAACCUAAAAGCUCUAUGAACGUUUUUUUGUUUGUUUGUUUCCAAUGGAAAUGUUUUCUCUGUCCUGGACAGAGAAAAGAAGCACGCGUCAGAAUUUGCACAGUAGCACGUGGAUGUUUGGAAAUGUUCCUUCUGGAGCUCAGUCACUUGUCAGCGCUGGUCACAGCGCUCACGUCUGUGCUCUCCGCCCUGAUCCUGCUUGCGGUCUCCAGGCAACUGUGGACUUUCCGGUGGACCAUUACGCGGGACAAGGAGUGCAAGUUCCCGCUACCCAAUGGGUCCAUGGGCUGGCCGCUGGUGGGAGAAACUUUCCACUGGCUCUUUCAGGUGAGGAGUAAUUCGUUUUUUAUAAGCGUUCCAAGAUAGGCUAUAGGCCUUUAAGCGACGUAUGUCACCAUGCAUGUGUUGAGCUAAAUAAUUUGGUUUGUGUUAAAAAAAGAUUGCUUUAUCUCAUGCAAUUCGUGUUAUGAAAAGAUUAUGUAAACAAAAAAACAGCACACAACUUAUUAAAAAAACAUUUGAUCUCAGUUCGGUAGGCCUAGUUCAUGUGUCCAUGGAACUAUACAUGUGUGGACUUGAUGAGCGCGUGUAAUUCAUUCUUGCGGUGAAAACAGACGUUUUCACUUCAAUUCCACACCGCUUUCCUGUAGGAAUGCAUUCUGCUUCCAGACUGGGCGUAAACUAAGAGGCACGGGUAUAGCCAUAAGGCUACGCGCCCUCUAUAGUACACGUGAAAUUAACACCUCCUUUACAGCUUUUGUGUGUGUUUGUGUUUUAUGACAGGGAUCCAACUUCCACAUCUCCAGGAGAGAGAAGCAUGGCAACGUUUUUAAAACUCACCUUUUAGGAAAGCCUGUUAUCCGGGUAACUGGUGCAGAAAACAUCCGUAAAAUCUUGCUUGGAGAACACAACUUGGUCUGCACGCAGUGGCCCCAGAGCACCCGGAUUAUCCUGGGACCAAACACCCUGGUCAACUCUAUCGGAGAGCUGCACAAGAAGAAGAGAAAAGUAAGGACGCAAAGAAGAUUAGUAAAAACGAUUAGUAAAAUCUAUUUCCUCAAAAUGUCUCAUAGGCAUAUAGUCUGCCGGAGAUAACUUGGUGAGGCAUGGUCAUCUUCUAGGCCUGCAAACUGAACGCAUCUUCAAAGGAAAUGCAGAAUAGGCCUACUACUUGCCAGAGAGUGAAAUCAAGGCAAUAAAAUAUCCAUUUCAUUUCCUGCUGUUGUUAUUGAGUUAUUACAUGUAGCGUAGGUAAUAAAUAGAUAAGUAUAGGGAUAAUUAAUUUCGUCUCAAGUAUUAUUCAAUUGUUGUCUGGAGUGCCUUGUACCAACCAGGUGAUAACUUUUUAUUAUGCUUUUCUUUCCUUUAAGAUCUUGGCAAAAGUGUUUAGCCGCGGGGCCUUGGAGACUUACCUACCCCGCAUGCAAGAUAUUGUCAAGUCUGAAAUUGCAAAAUGGUGCUCGGAGCCUGGCCCAGUGGAUGUUUACGUCGCAGCCAAAUCUCUCACAUUUCGCAUUGCCGUCAGAGUCUUGUUGGGACUGAAGAUGGAGGAAAAACGCAUAGUUUACCUUUCUAAGAUCUUUGAGCAACUCAUGAACAACCUCUUCUCAUUACCAAUUGACGCACCUAUGAGUGGCCUCCGCAAAGUGAGUAGGCCUAUAGCCAACAAUGUUAUAAUGCUGUACAAUUAUUUGCAUAUUUUAUUUAUGUUUUAAUCAUUGUUAAAAGGUUUGGAUAAUGCAGAGAAAUUAUAACCCAGAAAUGAUAACUCCUAUUUAUUAUCAAUAUCUUUACAUGUUCUCAAAAAACAAUUGUAGCCUAAUUCAUAUUGUAUGGUGUGGCAUGAUGAACUAUUUUGCUAUAGUUAAUAACUUGCAUGGAUAACAAAAAACCUGCACAUCCCAAUUUAUUAUUAGAACAAAAUGGACAGUUAUACAUAUAAUAGAAUUUCAAACACCGGAUGGAAAUAUCUUAUCAAGGCAGCUAAAUAUCGAUAAGACUAUGCUGAUUUAUGUUUUCUUGUCAGGGAAUUAAAGCCCGGGAAAUCCUACAUACGUGCAUGCAGAAAAUCAUAGAGGAGAAAAUGCAGAAACAACCGUCUGAGGAGUAUUAUGACGCUUUCGAUUACAUGUUGAGCAGUGCCAAGGAAAACGGACAUGAACUCACCAUACAGGAGUUGAAGGUAAAUUAUAGUUUAUCCAUUCUGCUUUGGCCAUAUAAAUGUAAUAUACAACAUCCCACAUUUUCCAUUGUAUAGUCUUAUUUGGAAGUUUAUUGCCUAGUAAGUUGAAAUUACCUAUUAUUUACUUUGAAUCACCAAAGCAAAUGCCCAAUAUUGUAGCCUAAAUAAAAGGUUAAUUGUGUUCUGUCUCUGGUGUCUAGGAAACCGCGGUGGAGUUAAUAUUUGCUGCUCACUCAACUACGGCCAGUGCUUCCACUUCGCUUAUUCUUCAGCUCCUGCGGCACCCCGCUGUGGUGGAGAAAGCCCAGAUAGAGCUGGAGUCAGAGGGUCUCGGCUACGACUCACACAGCGCCCACAGCUGCUCCGGCAAAGAAAAUGGUAUGAAAUGUCCUCUUGCGGCCGAAAAAGGGGAACAUCGGCCUCUAAACGCAGAGACCACCCCGUUGAUGAAUGGGAACGGGACUGUUCAUUGCGCACCGGAUGAAAACGAAGAGGCACGGUGUUCUCGGUCUCAUAUUCCUUGUUUAACUAUGGAGAAACUAAGCCAGCUCCGUUACAUUGACUGUGUCGUCAAGGAGGUGCUGCGGUUUCUCCCGCCAGUAUCUGGAGGAUACAGGACCGUGCUACAAACAUUCGAAUUGGAUGUAAGUAUGGAAGCUGACCUUAGAUGAACCCCAUGAACAGGCCACACAGCAUUAUCAUACAUUCGAUCUACUGUGAUGUCAAGAAAUUAGUCCCUCAACUGGCUAGAACAUAAAUCAUUAUUCGAAAGCAGAUACAACGCUAUUUCAGUCUUUUUUAAUUGGGUGAGUUUUCAAUAGACCAUAAUGCGUGUGCGCUUAAGUGCAUCUCCCAAUCAUUGCUCCAUAAAGUUACCAAUAGAUUCACGUAGGCUAUGAUUUGAGAUGAGGGAUAGAGUGAACUGAGAUCAAUCGGUUAAAAGCAUAAAUAACUUUGAAGCCGUCUGGAUAUCCUGUAUUAGGCCAUUUGCCCAAUGAUGAAUAAAAUGAGAUGUAUUCUAGUCGGGUUAUUAAAACUUGAUUAAUACUGAUUAACUUACAAUUGAUAUGAUUAAUAUUUAUGUUUAUGGUCUAUGUGAUAUGUUGUGAGGUACAGAUGAUACUGCCUUAACAUUUCAGAAAGUCAAAGAGCAUUAAAUCUGACCAUAAAGAGGUUUAACUUGCCAAUAGCGACUUUUAUCUUGUCAGGAUUGUGUUGAAGUUUGAAUUUUUGUUUUGUCCCUCUACUUCCAAGGGCUACCAGAUUCCUAAAGGAUGGAGUGUGAUGUACAGCAUCCGAGACACCCAUGAGACAGCUGCAGUGUUCCAGAGCCCUGAGAUCUUUGACCCAGACCGCUUCGGUUCCGAGCGUGAAGAGAGCAAGAAUGGGCGCUUUAAUUACGUUCCAUUUGGUGGCGGAAUAAGGAGUUGUGUCGGAAAGGAACUUGCCCAAAUGAUAUUAAAAACCCUGGCGGUUGAGGUGAUUGGCACGUGCAAAUGGACCCUCGCCACGGAAACAUUCCCCAAGAUGCAGACGGUGCCAAUAGUCCAUCCCAUCAAUGGACUGCAUGUGCAUUUCAAUUACAAUAGCCUACUCCGAUAGAGUUUAGAUAUGUACUUGUGUUAUUAAAGACAUUAAGCUCAUGAACUUUUCGCAAUUGCAAUAUUAAGUUAUUCAAUCAGAAUACAUCAUCAAGAAACCUUUCCUCUUCGUUCCGAAGAUCAUGGAAAUGGGAGAAACAUGGUGGUCAUUGAAGAGUGGAAGCAAGGCAUGGUGCCAGUGACCUGCGAUGACCUGCUUAUCGCCAAGAUCGCCUUUUUUCACGCACUGGGAAAAGUGACGGCAAACUUUUGCUAUUGUUCACGGACAUCCGGGCGCUCACUUCUAUAACAUAGCAAAUCGAAAGAUUAUAUAUCCUAUUUAAGCACCGUAAUUCAAUAUACAAUGGACGAGUAGGGCUUUCCUCUCAGAACAAACAUUAUCUGUGCUCAGGACUUAUUAUAAAUGUCCGUCUGUAAUGCGAAACUGACUUACAGAUCUUGCAUUUGGUCUCCAGGAAAUACAUUUAGAAAUACCUUCCAAAUGUCCAGUAGGCCUAUGUGAGUAGAUAUAAAUGACAUUUAGGCCUACAGUAGGCUAUAGGCUAAAUAAUGUUAUGUGUGUAUAAAAUGAAGUAGUACAAAUAAGCUUUAUUUAUAGAACAUUUCGGGUGUCUGUGUUAAGAUGGAAUAAUUAUGAAUAGACCUAGUUAUUUAGAUAUCACAAGACAUUAACCAAUGUAAAGCAUAGACCGUUAAAACAAACCAUAUAGGCCUAUAGUUUUUAUUCGAUUAUUUAGAGGCUAUACAUCAAAAUGCAAUUAUAUAACGUUACCUAGAGAAUAUAACCAAUUACUAUUAUUAUCAUUACAUGUGUCAUCUUUAUGAAUAAUCGCUUGUUGAUUUUGAAGCAUGAUGGAAGCGCUGUGAAAUGACUCGGUUAAGAUGGAUUCAUGGAAGGAGAUAGCACUUUUUCUCCUUAACGGAGUGUGUAUAUACAGUAUUUGUCCUAUUGAUUCAAUGUGUGUAUUUUUUUGUGUAUUGCUCGUAUUAUCUAUAGAACGAUGUAAAAAUUAAAUUACAAAAAACGUGUAUUUUUGCCAUAGGAUAGGAAAUUCUACCAUGACAAAAUGUGCAAUUGUUUCCAUCAUGUUACCACAAUGUAUAGAUUCCCGUUCUAUAAAAAGAAAAAUGUGAACUUGUUCAUAGAUAAAAUGGUUAAGGUUUUAAUCAUAUCACAUUUGAAAAGUGUGCCAGUAUUAUCACAGUAUAAGCCUAUUCAAUCUAUCAUUAAAUAUUGGAUGUUUUUAACAGGAUAUGC